CUCUAAGUCCAAGUUGGAAAGAUGAAGAUGCAAAAUGGUGGAUGUGUAGUAAUUUUGAUAUAUCUGGUAUCACUUUUCAAAGAAAGUUAUUCGAUAUCUUAUAGGAAUUUUGAUACGUUCUUCAAAAAUAUAACCGGUGGUAAAAACAUAAAUUUGCGGCCAGUCCUUGACCAUAAAUCGAAAGUGAACAUAAAUAUGUCUUUUCAUUUAAUAUAUAUCCAGGAAUUUAACGAAGUUGAAGGAAAACUAAGUUUAACUGGAUACUUUAAUAUAAGUUGGGUUGAUCAGACUUUAUCUUGGAAUAGCACAGAAAACGGAAUCGAACAAUUUACUUUCCAAGAGCAUAUAAUUUGGAAACCAUCUUUUAUUAUUGGAAAUCCAUAUGAUGGUGUAAAUUUAAUUUAUAAAGACGAAAAUGUGAUGAGAGUACAGAGUAAUGGUGUUGUUACAUGGACCCCCGGAGAUAAUUAUGAGGUAUUCUGUAAUGCAGACGUUUCGAGAUAUCCAUUUGAUACACAGAUUUGCAAACUUGAGAUAUUACCAUGGGGAUACACAAAUGAGGAAAUAGUUGUCGUUCCGAUUUACGAUUAUGUUGUGCAGUUGUGGUUCAACCCACAAAAAACAUGGGAAUUUAUUGAUUCAAGUGUUACUAAAAGAGAAGACAUUCAACUCUUAGAAUUUGCCAUGAAACUAAAACGCUAUCCCAUGUUUUUUGUUCUAAAUCUAAUUCUUCCCAUUUGUGUGAUGAUUAUUUUAAACAUUUUUGUGUUUUUACUUCCACCAGAAAGCGGAGAAAGAGUUGGAUAUGCUGUAACUGUACUCUUGGCAAUCACAGUCUUUUUGACUAUUUCAUCUGACAAUCUACCUGCAACGUCAAGUCCACGAAUAUCUUCAAUAUCUCUUCUUCUAUUUGCCGAUGUUUGCAUUAGUGCUUUCAUUGUAAUAAUGGUUAUUGUGAGCUCACGAUAUUAUCACCGGGAGGAUAAAUACCCGGUCACUAAGUUUAUGCGGGGAUUUGUAAAUGUUUCAAGAAUAGUACGCUGUAAGAUGUGUUGUUGUAGGAGAAAAAAGGAAAAGUAUAGUGAAAAGGGAAACAAAGAGGAAAUUAAAUGGACCGAAGUCGGAAAGGAGAUAGACAUUGUAUGCGGUAUAUGUAUAACUGCGGCAAUAUGCAUUAUCAAUGCUUUGUAUAUCAUAGAUGUCGCAGUGUGAUUACCGGGUUUACAUUAAUCUAAUCAUUUGUUUCAUAAUUUGCAUGCAAUAUAUCUUCCAAAAAGGACAUGAACUACAAGGACUGAUGUUAAAAAAAUGAAUAUUCUAUCGUGGUAUUUGUUUUAAGCACAAAUAGAAAUUUCUAAAGGACAGUGAUAUUCAAGUGAUUAUAUCGUCUAUUCUAUGUGAUUAUUCUUCUAUCAUAAUUAUGAUUUGUUAUAUAAUUUGACGCUCGUGACCAGAACAAACUCACCUUAUUAGAGAAGCGAUUUGUGAAAUAAUGUUGAAAUUGCAUAUAUAAAUAUUACUAGAGCGGGACACAAUUUGAUGAUGACUUGUCAAAACAGGUUGCGGUAUAAUAAAAACAGUGACUUUUAUAGCUGCAGUUAAUAGACGAGAUUUUAAACAAGAGGCUAUCAGAGUGACAGCAAAUCGAUUUUCCUGCAGAGGUUGAACCCUGAACAGUUGAGCAAGUAUGGGCACUACAUUCAAGCUUAAAACUGCUCCGAAUUUAGAUUGUGAUUGAAUAUUUGACACAGCAUAGGUUUGUGACACAAAAUGAAUGUGGUCAAAGUACUGAAAUAUUUGAAAUUGGACAUUUACCUAUUAUGGUCCAAUAUCCAAAAUCUAAGUACAUUGUCAGAAUCAGCAUAUCAAAGAAAUCCAAGAUUUCAAUUUUUGAUGUAAUCAAACAAAAGUUUAAUUUAGGACCCUUUGGACCAAUUUGAUAAAGGAGCCCACAAUCCAAAAUCUCUCAAUACAUGGUUAGAUUCAGCAUUUCAAGGAACCACAUCAAUUCACUUUGUUUCUCAGCUAGGAAUUAUCUAUAUAAUUUACAGGCAUUUGCAUUUAGCACUCUGUAAAAUGCAUGCAAACUUAAGGCAUUUUAUAGAUUGGCUAAAUUAAUUUACAGAAUGAUACGUUCACAAAAACUGAGCUUUUGAAGGUAUUAAAUAACAGAGCUGUUUUAAUUAUGAUUUUCCAUAUUUGCAAAGACAUCGUUUAGCGUAAAAUUUGUCAAUGAAUUUAUCACGUAACCCAAAACCAUGACACAUUCAGCUCUGGCAAUACUUUUUCGGACAAAACGCUAAACGUUUGAAAAACAUCAACAUGUACGAACUUGUUUUUUUCACGUGUUUCCAAAAAAUAUAAAGUUACUUUAAAUUGAUUAGGUUGACUUAUAUCCCGCGGCUAAAUCCGAGCUUUCAACAAGCAAAAGUAGAUCUUUGCAUGGCGGGUGAUGCAUGCAUAUAAGACGACGAUCAUUCGACGUGCAUUGUCUCCCUCCUUAUCGUGUUCUUCGAUUCCUUCAAGUCUUGUUUGAAAUCCUUGAUUUGUCUCAUCUUGGUCGAAUCCCGAGAUUUUAACGUGUGUAGGCUAUUUUCGGCUUAAUUGGUAAGAUUGGAAAGACUCAAAUGAUUCCCUUGGGACAGUUAUCACAAUCAAACACGGUGUUGUAUGGUGAAAAUCAUUCUGUAAAUGGAAAUCUAGUUUGCUGUGUAGCUUGUCUUAAAUUCGCAAUCUUUCUGAAUGAGGACAUUAAAUCCGAUGCCUCAUAUAAGGAGAGUGUCGCUCUCUCUCUCUCUCUCUCUAUUUGAAAGCAACAUUUCUGUCCCUGUAUACUAGUACUUGAUAAGGUUUCUACAUUGUUUAUGAUAAUUAUGUAUAAUAAAUAUAUGUACAGGUACAUUGGUGCAAAUGAAUACCGUAUAUUGGCGCUAAUGAUACCCUUGAACAAUAAUAUUUGGCGCAAAUGAUACAUCCCAAGAAUAACUAUUCGCGUAAAAGGACUGCUGCCUAAUUUAACUGAUAAAUUAUAUCCGUUUUCGAAAUUAUAAAAACCUAUAAAACUUAUCUGUAAUUAUCUUCAAAGUGGCUGAUAAUGAACAGUAAAUUUUAAACUUCAUUUAUACAGUCCUACUAGAAAAUUUUAAACUUUAUAUAUACAGUCCUACAGAUCUCACCAGGAAACAGAAAGUUUUCAAAGAAAUCUGUCACUCCAAUUAUCAUCAUAGGCUAAGAUAUUUAUACAUAUAUAACAGUUAGUAAUGUAAUUAACUUCAAAAUGUCUAAUGAUAUAGCUUAUAAUCAUCACCACUAAGGAAAUAAAAAAAAUUCAAAUAAAUCUGUCACUCCAAUUAUAAUUGUGAGAUAAGACAUUAACCAUAUGCUUAACCUUAGUCAUAAUAUGAUAACAAGAGAAAAAUAUUUAAAAAUACCACAUUUGGAUAUUUAAAAUGGCGAUAACUCAAAAAGGAGAAAUACUAAAAUCGUGAAAAUUGAACUUGACCUUCAUUUAGUCACAGGAAACAACAUAUUUAAAUUUGAAAAAUAAAUUGUCUAAACGUUUUUAUAUUAUUGUGGAGACACUGUUUAGCAGCCGCCCGACCGCCCGCCCGCCCGCCCGCCGUACAUCCCUAAAUCAUUAACCGAUAUUUCCUUCGAAAAUCCGGUUAAAAACGAAAUACUUAUACUUUAACCAAUUGCAGUGCGUCUGUCUAAUGUCUUUUACAGACUUUUUGAUAGUCCAAGUACUAAGAUGAUCCUAAGGUGUUUCACAAGUAAUCGGAAAAAUGUUCAAAAUAAUUUUUAUUAACAACGAAUGGCAAUAUAUGUAAAACACAAUUUAAAAUACAAUAUUUUAACAUUUGUUUUAUUGCCAUUGGAAUUUAGACACACGAAUAUCCGCUUACUAAAGCGUAACCCUUUUAU